UUCAUUAAUUCAUCCAGAAUUAAAUAAUGAUAUAAUUGAAAUACUUGAAAAAAAAAAAAUAAUAACAGGAAUGGAUUUUCUUAAUGAGUCAACUGAAAAGAUACAAAAAAUUAUUAAAUUUAAAUUAGAAAAUAUUUAUAGUAUUCGAAAUGCAAUUGUUGAUAGAUAUGGUGGAAAAGACAAUGAUAUUGAUGCUCUAUUAAAAUUUGAAAAAAUUAAAUUAUCAACUGGAAUUGAGAGUUUAGAUAAUUUAUUAGAUGGUGGUAUUUGUGUUGGAAAUAUUUAUGAAAUUUGUGGUCCAUCAUCUGCUGGAAAAACUCAACUUUGUUUGAACAUUGCUGGAAAUAUUGUUCAUAAAUAUGAACAUGAAAUUAUUUAUAUUGAUACGAAAAGCGAUUUUUCUUCAUCAAGAAUUUAUGAGCUUCAUAGAAAAAAUAUAAGCUCCAUGAAAAUUGAAAAAUUCAUGAAAUGUAUUCAAGUAUAUCCAGUUGAAAAUGUUCAUCAACUAUUGAAUAUUCUUCACAUGUUAGCAUCAAAAAAAUUUAAUGAAAUUAAAUUAAUUAUCAUUGAUUCAUUACCAACACUUUUUUAUAAUGAAACAGAUGAACGUAAAAGUUUAUCAUUUAUAAAUUAUUUAUCAAAUAUUUGUAAUUAUUUAGUUAAUGAAUGUCAUAUGAUAAUUAUAACGACAAAUUUAAUAAGUCAUUGGAGAGAGACUGAAGGUUUUAAUAUUCCAAUUGAUACAAGUACAAUUAAUAUUAAACCAACAUUAGGAAAAUUUUGGAAUCAUAUUCCAAAUGUUAGACUGUUAAUUGAACAAUACGAAAAUGAAAAAAGAAAAAUAUCAUUAUGGAAAUCUAGUGAUUCUUGUAUUUCUAAAUAUAUUCAAGUUAACUUGACAAAUUUUGGAUUUAAAUAAUUUUAUUAUAGGUAAUCAUUAUUAAAUUAUUGUUUUAGUUUAACAAAGUUCAUUUUUAUAAUACAAAUUUCGAGAGAUUUAAACUUGCCUCAAAUGUAACUUUUAAACUGUGAUAAACCAAGUAGUUUUAAUAAAUUAAUUUAGAAAAUUUUUAAGAUUAUUAUAAUCAAGCUUUGUUUUUUAUUUACACAAUGUAGCAAUAUUUUUAUAUUACAAUUGUUAAGAUCAUAUAUAAUAUAUUACAAUUAAAACAGUCCAUUUUAAGUAUGAAUUAAUCUUGUGUGACUAGAUUUUAAAAUACACCAACAAGUAAAUUAUUAUUUUUUAAGAUACUUGUUUUUUUUUUUCUAAUUUUUAUUGUUCGUCAGUCAAACGUGAAUUUGAUUUUAACUCUAUGAGCUUUUAUUCUUUUUAAAUUAAACAUGUUUAAUUAUUAAAUAUCUAAAUACUUUUCUAUUUUCUUUUCCCAUCAAUUCGUACUUAAAAUUUCAGACAUAAAAUAUAAUUUUUUAGUUUUACAGUACGUUAUUUAAGAAAAAAAAAAAAAUUUAUACAAU